AUGUCCAAGACGCCGUCCAUGUUGGUGCGUGGAGGAGCAGGAACAGGGACAGGAACAAAUGGAGGAGGAGGGCCUCCUGCUCCUUCUGCUCCUCUUUUUGGGAGCUCUUCCUCGUCGAAAGUGCUGUACGAACCCGACGUUCGCCAAUUACGUACCCCUCGAUCAAGUGGGGCAAGAGCUGUGGAACGAGACAGUCCCGUACAAGUGGACAUGCGACUCUGGAGCACUUCAGGUACCCGCGCGGCGUCGCCGUCUGGAAAAAGAGAGCGACGCAGUGGGACGGGAGUUGGCUCAAUGAGUACGCCGCGACGGCUGUAUACACCAGCUGUGGUACAGCAGACAAAGAUCCAUCCGCCGUCUUCGAGUGUGAAGCUCAUUACGCCACAGAUGCAGUUUGCAACGGACUUGUCAACGCAACUAGGAACGUGCUUGGAACUGACCAACUUUACAGUGAUAGGUGUGCUCGGGCUUGAUGGAGUGGGCAAGUCCACGGUGCUGUCGCUGCUUGCUCGGGAUAGAAAGACGGACGAGGAUCGGUUCAAGACGCGGAGCUUGGAGUCGGUCGUCUCGCAUUGCCACGAGACUACAGGAGUCGAUCUUGCUGUCUCCAUGGUCGGAGGAUCCGGUCAUCCGAUGGUGCUGUUGGAUACACAGCCGCUACUGAGUAGCUCGAUCCUCGUAGACGUGCUGGAACGAAAAGAGUCACAGCGGUUUGGUGCCAUGACGCCGGAACAACAAGUAGAAGCUGCAUCGUACCAGAUCGCUGUGUUCCUGUGUGCAAUCUGCCACUACGUGCUGGUUGUCCAUGACGGAUUGGCUUUCCAAGUCUCUGUCCAUGACCUCCUGUGCAAGAUUAAGCAGAAGUUGUCGCAAUGUCGACUGCCGAGUGUAUCCGGCAACAGCCAGAAGCACGCCGCGCAGAUACUUUUCGUCGCGAACAACGUUGCAGAUUCCGAGUUGCUGUACCACGAGAGCGAGCUGGUGUCCGCUCAUGACCGCGCCCUCGAAGCGGCGUGGUCGCAGUCGUUGGUCCGAGUUCCCCACAAGGUGACGAUGCGCACGGACCCAGCAGAAGACGAUACCGGUCCACUCAGUAUAGCGUCAUUCGUCCUGCCGCAUCGACCGCAACAGCUUUUGGCCCAAGAAUGGUCAGCCGCGUCACUUGCAAGUGAGAACAAGAAGAGCGAAGAAGAAGGAGAUGGGGCCCAGUCGAGCGCAAGAAGUGGAUUUGUUUCCAACAAAUACGCCGACUUUGAUGACGCAGCAGACGACUUCCAGCGCUUUGUGCUGAGUUUGCCAAGUUCUCCGUCGUUUACGGCGCUGCCGACGUCCGCAAUGGCCUCAGGACCAGUAAAGCCACUACCGCCUCUACGUUCGCUCUCGUUGCGGGAAUGGCUGAGCAACGCGUCUCGCGUGUUUGAAGCCGUGCGCAAAGCGAGCUGCUUUCCAGCCGAGUACCAUUCGUCGCGCGACCACCACCACCACCACCACCACCACCAGUGA